AUGUUCUUCACACAGAUCCUCCACACCGGACAGGUCGCGCUCUGCGCCUAUGGUGCAUACGUGUCCUACAUCGCCAUCACCAACCUUCAGCAAUACGAAGAGACAAGCAAGAAGGCAGCCAAGUACUCGACAGAGGCAGAGCAUCAGCUUCACAAGACACGAACUACACAGUCCAGUGGUGCUAUCUGCAUCUUAGCCUCGAUGAUGGCAGCUACGACAUUAUCUUUGGCACCCAAUGCCCUGCCUUCCAUUGUGAGAUUUGGUAUCUCGCCUGCUGCUUUGGUCCUGACGCUGUUUGUGCGUGCUCACGUGUCUAACUUUUGGAAGGCCAAGGCCAAGAUUCCUUUCCUUGACGGCUAUAACGAGGCAAUUUCCAAGACUGGAGAGCUUCUGCAAGUUCUCGAGUGGCUCGAGUAUACCUGGGCUGGAACUGCGCUUGCCAGUGGGCUAAUCGGUUACUGA